GCGCCGCUGUCAUCCAGGUUGGACAGGUGUGAAAAGACGGUGUUUAUACAGUGUCUGCCGCUCGCUUGCGGAUAUACAAAAGUGGAUAUACUCAAUUAGUUGGUGAACCUCCAUCAGUGUUUUGUGCGAACGGAUUGACGACCAUGGGGAUCCUGGAAGAGUGUCCCGCACCCACACCCACGCCCGUGGCUCUUGACAUGUGCCUCAAGCGACAGGGCGAUGUGUCCGCCCAGCCGCCCUCGUCCGCCGCGCCCGCCGCCCACCACCACCACCACCACCACAGCCCUCCCCAGGCCGUGCGCUCCCACCAGGAGGAGGAGGAGCUCGAGGUCGACGUUGUGGAUACAGACUCCGAGGUCGAGGUCGGGAAGUGCGGGGACGAGGUCUGCGACGACGAGGAAGAGAGCGGAAGCACGGGCGGCGGUGCGGGCGGCGAAGGGAGCAGCGAGGGCGGCGCAGACGCAGGCGGCCCCUCCAAGCGGAAGCAGCGCCGCUACAGGACCACCUUCACGUCCUACCAGCUGGAGGAGCUCGAGAAGGUGUUCGCCAGGACGCACUACCCCGACGUGUUCACGAGAGAGGAAUUGGCGAUGAAAAUUGGACUGACAGAGGCUCGCAUUCAGGUGUGGUUCCAGAACCGCCGCGCCAAGUGGAGGAAGCAGGAGAAGGUGGGGCCCUCCACGCACCCCUACGGCGCCUUCCCGCCCUCGGCGCCCCUGCCCCUGCAGACGCCCGCGCUGCCGCCCACCAUCUCAAGCCCCUUCGCCGGCCUCGGCUACCCGCCCUCGCCCAAGCACCUGGACCCGAGCUCCAUGUUCCACGGCUCCCGCGUCCCGCCCUCGUCCUACCUGCCGCCCACCUCCGUCGCCUCUGCUAAUGCCGUGGCCGCCGCUGCUGCAGCCGCCGCCCCCCAGGCGUUGCUGCCCGCGUCCCCCUACAUGCACCCCUCACUCGCCGCCCUGCGCGACCUGCAGUACAGGCCGCCCGCGCUGGCCCCGCACCUCCUGCCUUACACGCCCUCCUUCACUUCCGUGCUCGCCCAGCUGUCUCAGCGCUCCAAGCUGGAGGCGGCGCCCUACCUGACCAGCCUACAGCCCUACCUACCGUCCCUCGCCGGCCUGCAGCCGCCCACCGCCUCUUCCAUCACCUCCGGCCUCGCUCCUCCGCCCCUGCCUUACUCCCCCCCGAUCUCUGGCCCCCAGGGCCUGGCGGCCCCUCCCCUAGCGCCCCUCUCCCUGCGGCGGGAUGACGCCGAGCGCCGCCAGGCCUCCCUGCAGGACCUCCGGCUCAAGGCCCGCGACCAGGAGGUCAAGCUCGAGCUCAUGAGGAAGGCCGGGGAGAUCACCGCAUGAUCGGGCUCAGCUGAAGGCCGAGGGGACGCAGGACGCCCUCCCCUGGCAACGGAGGAUUAGUGAAUCGCCAGCAGAGAGCAGGAUCAGGGGCGCUGCCCCGGCGCUCCCCAGCUCAGCCUCGCGGCGCUGCAGCAAAGGCGCCGCUCAACGAGGCUAGCACUCCCGCGGCAGCCGAGGCACAGCUGCGACGCCAGGUGCGCGUGCGUGUGUAUGUGUCUGUAUGCGAUUAAUGCAAGCCGCCCGUUGAUGACAGUGAUUCGCAUUCGCCAGAGAAAUGGCGAUGUGCUGAGCCAAUCAUCCGGAGAAGUGAUGAUGGCGACAGUACGUGUCUAACAUUCCUUUUAGAAAUCCAAAUACUUCAAGUGGAUUCCAAUCAGAGAACCGUUGAAAGUAACAGACAAAAAAAAAUCUUUUAACAAACAGACUCGCCUUACAAGCAGCCUAUCGAGCGUAAGUGCGACUCCAGGAAGCAGACGGCGAGAGCAAGGAUGAUCCGGAUACAAGUGGAUGCAAUUGCACGCGAACGCCGCGCAGUGGACGAGCGUUCGCCGAAGCCACGCGGAUGCAUUCCCACACCAAAGCCGCGAACGUGGUCUCAGGAGAUAUUAAGAUGUGCCUCAGUGGAGUGAAUGAAGUGAAUGAAAUUUAUUUACAAAACUCUUGUCAGUAAUGUUAGUUGUCCGUCCAGUGGUGUUGCCUUGACAAAAUAGAUUAUACAUUUUAUCUCAUUGUUUAUAUUUACAAUCGUUAUUGUACAUAGCUUAUUUAACAUCAUGUUUCGCUGAUAUACUGUUUAAUAGAAGCCAAAGUUAGUACCUUCAAUUCAUGGUGUAUAUGAUCAUUUCUCA